ACAAAUGAGUAGAAGAAUUCGUUCUUUCUGAGACUCAUCAGAUCACUUCCUAUAAAAUCCAUAUCUUGCCGUUUAUUUGUGAAUAAGAACCAUACUUCUUGGAAACCACAUUAGUUGGACCUGGGAUUUUGAAAGAAGCGAGUUGAACCUUAAUUUCCCCCUGAACAAGAAAAAUGGGCUGCGAUCGAAACAAUGGGCUCAUCGCUGGUGCUGUCAUUGGUGCAAUUCUGGCUGUGUUUGGAGGUAUUCUAAUGCCAGUUGGGGACAUGAUUAUUGAGAAGACAAUAAUAAAGGAAGUUACUCUUGAAGAAGGUACAACUGCCUUUAAAAAUUGGGUUAAAACAGGCACAGCAGUUUACAGACAGUUUUGGAUCUUUGAUGUGCAAAAUCCACAGGAAGUGAUAAUUAACAGCAGCACUAUUAAAGUUAAGCAAAGAGGUCCUUAUAAUUUCAGAGUUCGUUUUCUAGCCAAGGAUAAUAUAACCCACAACCCUGAGACCAAUACAGUCUCUUUUGUACAGCCCAAUGCUGCCAUUUUUGAACCUUCACUAUCAAGUGGAACAGAGAAUGACACUUUGACUGUUCUCAAUCUGGCUGUUGCUGCUGCACCCCAUCUCUAUCCAAAUGCAUUUGUUCAAGUGUUACUCAAUUCGCUUAUCAAAAAGUCGAAAUCAUCUCUGUUUCAAAGGAGAACUGUGAAAGAACUAUUGUGGGGCUAUAAGGAUCCAUUCUUGAGUUUGGUUCCAUACCCUAUUACUACUACAGUUGGUGCAUUUUUUCCUUACAACGAUACUGCAGAUGGAGUUUAUACAGUUUUCAAUGGAAAAGAUGACAUAAGCAAAGUUGCUGUAAUUGACACUUAUAAAGGUAAAAAGAAUCUCAGCUAUUGGUCAAGUUAUUGUGACAUGAUUAAUGGUACAGAUGCAGCCUCGUUUCCUCCUUUUGUUGAGAAGACACGGACACUACAAUUCUUUUCCUCUGACAUUUGCAGGUCAAUCUAUGCUGUGUUUGGAGCCGAACAUGAUCUGAAAGGAAUUCCUGUGUAUAGGUUUAUUCUUCCACCCAAGGCCUUUGCAUCUCCAUUUCAAAAUCCAGACAACCAUUGUUUCUGUGUAGACAGAGAGGUCUCAAAUAAUUGUACAUUUUAUGGUGUGCUAGAUAUUAGCAAAUGCAAACAAGGAAAACCGGUGUUCAUUUCACUUCCUCAUUUUCUACAUGCAAGUCCUGAAAUUGCAGAAAAUAUUGAAGGCUUAAAUCCAAAGGAAGAAGAACAUAGCACAUACUUAGAUGUUGAACCUAUAACUGGAUUCACUUUACAAUUUGCAAAACGGCUGCAGAUCAACAUAUUGGUCAAGCCAGCGAAAAAAAUUGAGACAUUAAAGCAUCUGAAUCGGAACUAUAUUGUGCCUGUUCUUUGGCUUAAUGAGACCGGUACCAUUGGUGAUGAGAAAGCAGAAAUGUUCAAAAAUAAAGUGACUGGAAAAAUAAACCUCCUUCGUCUGAUAGAAACAGUCUUAAUCAGUGUUGGUGUGGUGAUGUUUGUUGCUUUUAUGAUUUCAUACUGUGCAUGCAGAUCAAAGAAAACAAAAUAAGCAGCAAAUGAAUCUUUACAUUUAUGUACCAGCAACAUCAGGACCUUUGUUAAUACUGACCUACGAAAUGAAGAUAUGCUUUGUUUUUACAAAACACAUCUAAUCUUACAGUUGAAGAAAUGGUGGCACUAUUUUCUUUUUUUUUUUACAUUAAGCAGCAGCACAUUACUAAAGGAUUAUUAAGAUGACAUUUAAAUCCAUAUUUGAACAAGAAACUGGAACCUUUUAAAAUUCAUCAUGUACACGAAUGAAUUGAUUUCAGUUUCUACAGAUCUGACUCAAGCAUGAACCAAUUAUUUUUAUUUGGUACUGAUUUACUAAUUGGUUCCCUGGUGACAAAUUCAGCAAAGGAGUAGAUACGCUAAACAAAUUCUGGACCCUGAACUCUUACCUUUCUCAUCAAUGGAAAACACUCCCACAGUGUGUGUUUACUUGCAACCGACUUAGGACUCUCAGUAGACAAUCAACUAUCUCGAAAGACAUUUAACAAUGGGAAAUAAAUCAUUAGCCUUUGAGUCAUUUAUUACACAUUACUUAAGU